CAAAUAAGACGACGACGACGAUCCACCACAGUCUUACAAAUAACAAUCAUCGAUCUGGAUUCUGGACUUGGAGGAGUCGAGAGAGAGAGAUCACUCAAUCACCACCACUUUACUUGGAAACAAAACAGAAUUCAUCUUUUCCAUCUCAAUUAUAUAGAUAGAACUUGCGUAAAUCGCCAGAUUGCGAUGGAGAAUAACGAGCUCGAGACUCCGUCGAGACUCUACGAAGGAAGCAGAGGCGCCGGCGGGAAGUUGAAGAGGCAAUCAGCACGGAAACCUCCAUCCACACCAUACGAUCGUCCAAAGAUCACUAAAUCGGAGAUCCCCCUUGCUAAGCCUCGUGAUAAUAGCAGUGGUUGGUUGUCAAAACUCGUCGAUCCGGCUUAUCGCCUUUUAGCCGGUGGAGCCAACAAAAUACUUCCUUCGUUUUUCACGAAAAGCCCUUUGCUUGUGACGCUUCCUGCUCCUACGAUUGAAGAUCACGGAACAGUUGAGUGGGCCACAGAUAACAACCAAACUGCAAGCAUUGACAAUCAAGAAAAUAGCUUGAAUCUUGACAUAUUACCAACUACUGAUGGGGCAAGUCUUCAUGAAAGUGGUUACGAAGGUGAGAGUGAUGUGUCUUCCGACCAGCUUGCACCAGGAACAAGCAACUUAAACAAUGAGAUUAAGACUGAGACUGAGUUUACCAAAAUUGAACAGUUGUUCAAGGGGAAAGUUUUCUCAAGGGAUGAAAUUCAGCGUUUGUCUGAAUUAUUGAAAUCUAGGGUUGAUGAUGUGGAACCUGAAACAAACACACCAAGAAUGUAUCUUAAUAAAGCUGAAGGACAUGAAAAUUUGAAAGUGCACUUUGAAGAAAAGCCGGAUUACAUUAAUAGAGCUGCAUUGGAGGCAUCACCUUCUCGCAUUCCGAUAAAUGUGGUUGAUGUUGGUGCUUCUCCCGUCGAUAUUGCAAAAGCUUAUAUGGGAAGUCGAGUUUCGCGAGGCCGUGAUUCUAGAAACGUAAAUAUGCUUGGAGGAGAGGAAGGAGCUUUGUUAAGCGGUGAUGUAACCCCAUUCCCAAUGGGGAAAACAAGUGAAUUUGUGUCAAAACCAUUUCCUUCCAAUUCUCCUUCAAACAAGUCAUUAGUUUGUUGGCCUGGUUCAAUGCCACGAGAAAAUCAUAGUUAUCCUACCCCACAAAGUGCUAGUGGCAGAUACGGCCAUCUAUAUUCUCCAAGAUCACCUUAUACUAGGAAUUCACCUUAUGCUAGGACUGCAUAUUCCCAGAGGUCCACUUUACAAUCUGAAAAGAAGUCAUCCUCAAAAUUUGUGCCAAAUUCCUUGGUGACACAUGAAACCCGUCUUUCUGGACAGCCAAUUGAGAAUGCACCGAUGAAUAUGAACGGAUCGGCGGGGCCUAUUCGUCGCUCACGCCAGAAGUCUAUCUUAGAAACACCUUCCAGAGGAUUUCUGCCAAAUGCUUCCCGAUUUGGUUUACCACAGGGAGGCGAUUCGAGUUUUUCUUCGAAGUACUCAGUGCCUGUUUUAAAGAAGAAGAACUUGGAAGUUGGAGCAUCAAGCAGCAGUAGCAGCUUUCGUUCAACAGAAGAUGUUGAUAGAUCCAAGGCUGGUCAUAAUUCAACUCUUAGAGAAACAUCUAACGCGGUUAGAACAAUAUUAGAGCAUCUGGACAGAACAACUCCCACUCUCGCUGAGAAGUCAACCGAGAUGAAAAUCUCUAUGGGGUGGAGAAAUACUCCCACCAAGGAAGCCAGUGACUUGUUAAAAGAGAACGACAGAACAACGCCUUCAAAUAUUCUGGAUUUUAAUAGGAAUGGUACAAAUCCUUUAGCGGACAAAGGAUCUUCGGUUCAGAGAAAUGAAGAUAAAGGAAAGAGUAUUGAGAUUACAGCAGUAGCAGCACCUGAGGAAAGGCGCUUUAAUGCAACUGCUGAUUUUUUGGGCAAGGAAGCAGAAGCUUCUCAGCAUAAGGGAAAGUACGAGUUCCCCAACAACUCGCUAAACGGAACAAAUAAAUCAUGGAAUGUCCGAGACCAACAAAACAACAAUGGUCGGGAAAUUGGAAAUGUCUCAAAGCCGCCACCACCUCCUACGAGGAACACAUUCCAAUUGUUGGGGACAAAACCGUCUUUAUCAUCUAUUUCAGUUAACAAGACCCCCGGUUUCCAAAAUAACAGCUCUGGAUUCACGUUCCCAGUUUGCUCCUCCUCUUCCCAGACUUGUCCAGAGCCACCAACACCUACAGUCUUGCCAUCAACCAUUCUUCCUCAGGUAAACAACAAGGCGGCAUCAUCAUCAUCAUCUCCUUCUUAUAGUUUUGGUACAAAGAAGAGGUCUUCUUCCCCAGCCCUAGUUUUCUCCUUUCCAUCGACAAUCAGCAGCAGCUCGACACAAGAUGAGAAUUCGGGUAUUAACUACAACUUUGGAUCCGACAAGAAAAACAGGAUAUCUUUCAGUUCCUUUGGAAAGGACUCCAUUUGCUCUUCUAGUUAAAAAGGGAACAACACAGAAUCUUUUUUGUUAAUUUUGUUUUUUUUUGUGACAUAGAAUUGAGAUGAUAGUCAUGAUCUUUCUCCAUUCUUAUGAAUUUGAAUCCUGUUUUUUUUUAAACUAGCUAGAUAGACUUAUUUGAUUUUACUGUUUUUUU